AACAAAAAAUAAAAAUAAACUGCAAGACAGAAGCCAACUAGGAUUUGUGGUGUAUAUAAAUAGAAGUGAAGGGAAAAUCAUUUUACCAUCGAAGCAAUUGUAACAUACAUUUAUAUUAUAGAGAGAGAAAGAGAGAGGAGUUAAUUGGAGAGAAAAAUGGGUGGUUGGGCUAUAGCGGUGCACGGGGGCGCUGGUGUGGACCCAAAUCUCCCAGCAGAACGUCAAGAAGAAGCCAAACAACUCCUUACUCGUUGCCUUAAUAUUGGAAUCUCCGCUCUUCGCUCUUCUCUCCCUGCCAUUGAUGUCGUUGAACUCGUCGUGAGGGAACUGGAAAGUGAUCCUUUAUUCAAUUCGGGUCGUGGAUCUGCAUUAACUGCAAAUGGAACUGUGGAAAUGGAGGCGAGCAUCAUGGACGGCGAUGGAAGACGAUGCGGCGCAGUUUCUGGAAUCUCCACCGUUAAAAACCCUAUCUCUCUUGCUCGCCUUGUCAUGGACAAAUCACCUCAUUCCUAUCUCGCUUUCUCCGGCGCUGAAGAAUUCGCCAAAGAACAGGGUGUGGAGAUGGUGGACAAUGAAUAUUUCAUCACUGAGGACAAUGUAGGAAUGCUGAAACUAGCCAAGGAGGCUAACACCAUUUUGUUCGAUUACAGAAUUCCAAUCCAUGAAUCCUGUGCAGCUUCUGUGGAAAGCCCAAUUCACAUGAACGGGUUACCCUUAAGCAUAUACGCACCGGAAACAGUGGGUUGUGUGGUGGUUGACGGCCAAGGGAGAUGCGCAGCCGCCACGUCAACCGGUGGUUUAAUGAACAAAAUGACCGGUCGUAUCGGUGACUCACCACUAAUUGGUGCUGGGACCUACGCUGGUGAACUUUGUGGGGUCUCUUGUACAGGUGAAGGAGAGGCAAUCAUACGUGGAACCCUAGCACGUGACGUGGCAGCUGUUAUGGAGUAUAAAGAAUUGGGCCUACAAGAUGCAGUGGACUAUGUGAUUAAGAAGAGGUUGGACAAAGGUUUUGCUGGGCUUAUUGCUGUGUCUAAUAAAGGGGAAGUGGCUUAUGGGUUUAAUUGUAAUGGAAUGUUUAGGGGAUGUGCUACUGAAGAUGGAUUUAUGGAAGUUGGUAUCUGGGAUUAGAGAGUUCAUUAGGAUACUCCUCUGAUUUGGUGGGUCAUGUAGUGAUGUUUAAUAAACCAUUUUGAUGCUAAUUAGCACCAAUAUUUAAUUUAAUUGUAUCGGGGAUCUAUUGCUUACAUUGUAAUGAAUACUUCGAUUUUCA